GUCUGAGGCCAAUAAAGAGUAUUAGAUGAGGCCAUCACAGGCCUGUGGAUUACAGUAAUCCUAUCCACUAGCAGUGGUUAUCACACACACGCUGCAUUCCUGCACAGCUGAAGAGGAAGAUGGAGGUCACUGCUCGUGGUGCUGCUGUGCUGCUCCUCCUGCUUAUAUGUCAGGCCCUGAUUACCGUCCACUCCCAGGAGGAGGAGGAGGUUGUCCAGGAGGAGGAGCUGCAGGAGGAGGAGCUGCAGGAGGAGGACCAGGAGGUGAUCGAGACAUGGACGCGGAACAUCAAAGCCUGCACCUGUGACUGUGAAUCUGCUGAUUCACCGACAGGCACCCCUGCUGUCAUCCCACCUGUCCCGCCCACCUCGCUGCCCUCGCCGCCUCAGGGUCAACCAAUGAACUGCAUGCCAGAAUGCCCCUACCACAGAGCCCUGGGCUUUGAAUCUGGAUCUUUGACAUCAGACCAGAUCAGCUGCUCCAAUCAGGACCAGUACAGCGGCUGGUACUCCUCGUGGAUCCCCAACAAGGCUCGCCUCAACAACCAAGGCUUUGGGUGCGCCUGGCUGUCCAAGUUCAACGACCAGUACCAAUGGAUCCAGAUUGAUCUGAAGGAGGUGGGAGUGGUGUCUGGUAUCCUCACCCAGGGCCGCUGUGAUGCUGAUGAAUGGAUUACUAAAUACAGCAUCCAGUAUCGUACUGUGGAGACUCUGAACUGGAUCUACUACAAAGACCAGACAGGAAACAACAGGGUUUUCUAUGGGAACUCUGACCGCUCUUCCACGGUGCAGAACCUGCUGCGUCCUCCUAUCGUGGCUCGUUACAUCCGCCUGCUGCCGCUGGGCUGGCACACCCGCAUCGCCAUGAGGAUGGAGCUUUUGAUGUGCAUGAACAAGUGCACCUGAAGUGUACUCAGCCUGCUCCUUCCUCACUGUCCAUCCUUCCCCUGCCAACCUGCCGCUUGCCAAAAGGGGGACACUGGUCCAGCUUUUUAAUAUGACCUUCAUGUCUAUAACACGUCUGUCUUUCUUCGGUGAGGCUCAAAGCAAACUCAGUCUGGGCAGGUGGACAUGUUUGGUGUCCUUUGAUGCACUAUUUUAUCUGUCUUAAAGUAUCUAUAAUGUCAUUGUUAUAAUAGAUAAACACUAGAUUGGAC